CACUGGGUGGAGUGCGGAGCGAGUGAUACCGCUCAUUUGCAGUUGAACAAGACUCGAGGGGAAGGGCACCAGAAAUCAGUAAGACAUGAAAAUUAGUCUGACAACACUGAAGCCUAUUGGGUAACAAGAGCAGAGAACAUAUAGAGCCCAGAAGAAGCUCUUCCAUCUGCGCCCCCCGGAGAUCGCCUCUUCGGUUUGGAUCAGAUUCCAGUGCCAGCAGCAGCUCACCGCACCAACGCAGUUUUCUAGGCAAAUAUUUCAGGAUAUCUCUUGGAUUAACCACGUGAGUUGAAGAGCAAAAGAUCACAUCAGUGAAGAAUUGUAUCUUCUCAGAGAUGAAUGAAACACAUGUAACAUAUUCGGAUAUCAAACAUCCUCCUUCUAAAAAGCUGAAGCCAAAAAAAGAGAUAAAAGAGAAGGCAGUUUACUCAAAAGUGACAACUUGUACUUCAAACUCCAAUCAGACAAAGAUACUAAAAACAGAACCUUCUACAGAAAAAGGGUCAUUUUUCUGGCAUCCCACAGUAGUGAUUCUUGGAAUCCUCUGUUUCUUUCUCCUUCUAACAACUGUAGUCUUGGGAUUCAUUGUUUUCCAGGGUCAUAAGACAAACCAAACACAGAUGCUUCUGCCGGACAACAGGACCCAGCAAGACAAGUCCACAGUUGAAAACCUGACUACCACAGAGUUUCCACUUGACACAGGACACAAGAAGGACGUAUGUAAAACUCGAUGGUCCUGUUGUGGAGAUAAAUGUUAUCAUUUUUCACGUGAUUUCAAGACAUUUCAAGAGAGUAAGACUAUCUGCAAGAGUAUGAGAGCUUCACUUGUUAAAAUAGAAGAUGAAAACGAACUGAACUUCAUUCGAACUCAGAUGUCCUAUUUCACUUGGAUUGGACUGUCGCGUAAAGGAGCCAGCAGUUCGUGGAAAUGGGAAGAUAACUCAACAUCCUCUCUGCAAAUGAUACGUAACUGGAGAGAGCCAAAGGAUGGAAACUGUGCAAGCAUAACAAAAACCAGAAUAAGUGCUUCUCACUGUUCCAAUUCCCGGCCUUUCAUUUGUGAAAAGAGAUUUUCCUGUGUGACCACCUCAUAA